CGCUAUCGCAUACGCUCGACACAACCUUGGAAGAAACAGGGGGUAGCGUCGAAUGCAACCUUCUUGCAGCAAAGCUAGCGCACUCGUGAUUCAAUCACAAUCCGUCCUCGUUAAUUAACAAAAUAGCACCCAUUGGUUUGUCCCGCUCGACUAUUUUUGUCUCGGUCUCUCGGCCGGAAUUGGAGUUCAAGUCCGCUUAUGUCGAUACCUCAUAAAGUAUGCCUAACCACCGCACAGCCGAUAUUCAGGAGGAUGACUAGCUCUUGAUGUCUAUAUGAACUAUAUCUACAGAGAUGUUUCAAGUUGCCGGCAUUUUUUCAUGAAACUAUCUAGGUAUAUCCUGCUGUCUCGAAUCUACGAUCAAAUAUCCAAGAUCGGACGCUUUUCCCUAGUUAGUUGGUAACUUAUCUUAUCCCUAUUCCUGCAUUAUUCCGUGGGGUCCUUAAUAUACCAUUGAGACCCAUCAUGGUUGGUGUAGCCGGUAGGAGCAAGGGUUGCAAUACGUGCCGGAAAAGGAGAGUGAAGUGCGAUGAAGCUAAACCGCAGUGUUAUCGUUGCAUCAAGGCCGGUUUUGAGUGUCUAGGUUACGAAAGAGCAACUCAAUGGCGACAUACUUCUGUGGCUGCCCGUCCAACAUCACGAUUGCACGGAUCCGAGUUCACGGAGCUCACGAAGAGUAGGCCUAUGAAUUUCGGCCCCGCGCCAGAGCUUAGUCUCGUCGCCUUCGAGGGAGACAUCUGCACUGCUCACAUGUUUAGAAAUUUCCUUUGGAAAUCUUAUGGAUCUCUUUGGCUAGAUCAAGCUGCGGAGGGGAGACUCGGCAAUCUCUCCUUGGAGGCCGUCAAGGCUCUCGCUCGAUUGAAUUUUGGCCGCAGCAACAGGGUACAUGAUUGGGAGCUACAAGGGGCUGCUCAGUAUGGUAAAUGCUUGCGGGUCAUGGUAGAAGAGCUUGGAAAGGAUAGGCCAGGGGUUUACGAUAAUCGAGCGCUAGUGGUACCAAUUCUUGUAUUGAUAAUGGUCUCGACCAUUCAGGAAGAUAGAACAGCUGCAUUUUCCCACUUGAAAGCAAUCGGCAAGGUACUAGCGCUAUGUGGACCAAAAGCCUUUCAGCGACAGCCGCUAAGAAAUGCUUUCGAAGCAGCCAGAUCUACGCUAUUAGCUGCCUCGCUGUAUUCUAGACGACGGACGUUCCUUGAAUCUCCGUGCUGGCAAGAUACGCCCUAUGAACUCGACCCACUCACGAAACCUGAACAAUCACAUCUCCUUGAUAUCUUCGUCAUGAUACCCGGGUUUCUUGAGGAGAUAAGCUGUCUUGAUGAUAUGAUCUGUCAUCUUAGCGAUGAGUUUAUUGACCUUUCAUUUAUCUCGGACGAGCACAGAGACCACCAUAGGAGUCUUUGUCAACGCGUCAAUGCCCAGCUGGAGAAGCUGUACCGAUGGCGUUGGAACUGGCAGCGUAAAUAUGGACAAUGCGUCACAACAGACAAGUGCGAAUGGAACCAAAGUAGCCCUUCCCCGAAGUCUGAAGGCUCUCCCAGCAGUUCUAUCGGAAUUGACCGGCUGCAAUUUGAACGCCCCGUCUACGCUAACGAUAUCAUGCUAUAUAACGCCACGUUGAUGUUUCUUAUGACCCUCAUAUGGAAACUCCAGCCAUCCCGAGCAGCGUCUAUCAUAGGCACUUGUGCACGACGUGCUUCCAUGCCAGUGGCUUCAUCACCCAAGUCACCAGUGUCACCUCUUCCUCACUCCUAUUUCGAGCCUCUCAGUUGGCCCGGCACAGCUUUAUCUAUACGAGACCCAGCGAUAGAAAUAUGCCGUGUUUUUGAUUGGCAAUGCCGACACCAUGAGCAGCAUGCCUUCUUCAGCGACCAAAACUGCAUGUACCUCUUUCCGAUGGGAAUGGCUCGGACCGUUUUAGAUUCUGACCCGGAAUAUCGGAUGUGGAUAGACGGCAUGCUGGACUUGAAUCCAAUGACCACUGGUUAUGGCAAGGGUGGCAGGAGCAUAGUCGGCUUCAGCUCCUUCAUCACCAGGGCUGCUCUGGAUCCCGAUUCCGUAUGAGGGCCUUGAUGAAUCUAUCAAAGAGAAGCUUUUGUUUGCCUGGUAUCCAAGCGGUCUUGCUAAGCAUACGGUUAUUUAUGAAUAUAGACGAGCGUAUGUACAACAACUUGUGCGACAGGUUAAGUGCGAACGCUUUCCAAGUCACCGUA